AUGGAUGUAACAGGUUGGAAGCGCUAUGGUGUUAAAGUAGCUGAAAAUGACAAAGAAUUCGGUGCUCGAUGGGGUAAUUGGUAUAUUGGAUAUCAUGGAACAAGAAGUGAAUAUGCGACAGAUAUACUUACAAGUGGUCUUCGCAUAAGUACAAGAGGGUGCCAUUAUAAAAAAGGAGCACCUCGAGUAUAUUUAUCACCGAGUAUUGAAUAUUGUGCUCAUCCACGUUAUGCAAUACCUUGUACUAAAACCGAUGAAAAUGGUAAGACACGAUGGUAUCAAUUAGUCUUUCAAUGUCGUGUCAAUCCUCAAUCAAUAAAGAAAAUUCGAAUCGAAACACUUAUCGAUGACAAAUAUAAAAAUAGUGUUACAAUAGAUACUAAUUUUGAUAAUAAUGAAUUAGAAUGGAUUAUACCAGGAAAGGAAGGUGUUUAUUAUAUAAAAGAUGAUAUCAUUUGUUAUGGAAUAAUGAUGCGCAUCUCUGAUGUAGAACCGAAAUAUUUAUCAACAUCGAAAUGGUGA